CGUUACGUUAGCGCAGGAGGGAGGGGGCGGGAUCCCAUCAUGGCGUCAAUGCAGCGCCUCCAGAAAGAACUUAUGGCUUUACAAAAUGAACCUCCACCGGGGAUGACUUUAAAUGAAAAGAGUGUUCAGAAUUCAAUUACACAGUGGAUUGUAGAUAUGGAAGGCGCGCCUGGAACAUUAUACGAAGGAGAAAAGUUUCAACUCUUAUUUAAGUUUAGUAGUCGUUAUCCUUUUGAUUCUCCUCAGGUUAUGUUUACUGGUGACAAUAUUCCUGUUCAUCCUCAUGUUUAUAGCAAUGGGCAUAUCUGUUUAUCUAUUUUAACUGAAGAUUGGUCUCCCGCGCUCUCUGUGCAAUCAGUUUGUCUCAGCAUAAUCAGUAUGCUUUCCAGCUGCAAAGAAAAGAGGCGUCCUCCAGAUAAUUCCUUUUAUGUUCGAACGUGCAACAAAAAUCCAAAGAAAACAAAAUGGUGGUACCAUGAUGAUACAUGUUGAUGCCACUGGCAAGAUGCCUCUAGAAGAAGAUAGUCCUACUGAAUACCUAAGCACUUUGAUCCUUCGAGUCUUUGAACUUUUAACCUUUGACUAGAGGUGACUUAAUAUGAAGACUACUUCCUUUUUACUGCAAUUUUACUAGUGUGCAUUGUGGGCGCAUGUUGAUAGCUGCUUCAGCCCAUGCAGCUGGGUGACAUGCUUUGUUAGUCAUACUGGAUUAAUGCAGGCGUCAGGAUGAAAUUCCAUUUUACUUUUUUCUUAUGCUUUCCACAGUUUCCCAGGUCCUCAUGUAUUGUGCAAUAAAAAAUGAUAAAUGCAUGAUAGGGCCUACUUGGAUAUGUUAACCAAAUGCAUUGGGGCUAAGGAGAAACCCUUUCAUCAGUACAAUGCCAUCCAUGAUAUCGGAAUUCUAUGCACUGUGAUCAUGGAAGUGGCAGCAAGGCUCAACAUGACUGAAGGAGCGCAGAAGAAGAUAUUUGUGUAUUUAUUACAUUGUUUCCUUUAUGCCAUAUUGUUUGCUAAAUGUUUCUGAUGACAAUUUGACAGGUACAAUAUCUUAUCCAAAUAUGGGAAUAUAAAAAAGAAACUGUAUAUAAUUAUAGAUUUAGAAUAUGAAGUAUGAGAAUUGUAGAGUAUAGUUAACUCAAUCAGGGCUAUAUAACAGAAAGGGGGGUGAUCCUAGUUUUCUGCAGUCUUCACAAAGGCUUGAAUUUUACAUUUAUAGUUUUUCCUUAAACAAGAAAACACGCAGUUAAUUCUGCUAGUCAUCAGCACGAGCCCUAUUCAGUUUAAUUUAUUUAUGUUUAAAAAAAAAUACACUUUUUUUUGUCACAUUUUUGUUUGUUGUUCUGUUGUAAAGUCAAGUUAUAAUACAAAACCAUAUUUAGAUGAUCGUUUGUCAAACAUUUUUGUUGAUAUUUAUCUUAAUGCCUACAAGCCAUUGUAACCACACACAAAUACUGCACACUUUUAGGGUUUAUUCAUUUAUUUGUAUAUUUUCUAAACUCAUUCUACUCUUAGCUCCACUUUUUUUUGUGUUGGUCAAAUACAAUAGUAUCAAUUGGCUUCAUUUAUUUUCUACACUGAAACACAUUGUCUAAAACAGUUAAAUUACAAAUAAAUAUUUUCUUUAUUUUUAUGUUA